CGAUCGCCCCAGACAAGAUGACGACGACGCGGGAUCUAAUUGAAGAAAAAUUACUGGUUUGUGAUCAAAUUCGGAAGCGCAAAGACCUACUAACGGAUGAAGAAUACCAAAUUCUAAAAGAAUGCAGAACAAGCGAGCUGUUCCGAGUCGAAUCCAAUACGCAACGGCUCGGGAAGAUAUGCGAAGGAGAGAAAAGGCAGCUCGCAGCGUUCUACGACCAGCAAGACGCAAAGUACCGGCGAGCGGUGACCAAGAUCAAUCGUAGAGUGCUUCCCAAACCGAGGGAUGCUGUUCCGCCGCCAAGGCCAAUUGUACGGCCCACCGGAACAUCGCCGCCGGUGUCGACAACCCAGGACACAACCGUAAUCCGCCUAACGGGUGCCACUCGUUCAACUGGCAUGGGCAUGGACGCUGCGAUUGAUACACGAGCAGCAGUGUCCCCGGUUACUCCAGCGCCUGAUAUCUACCAGCUGGAGGAGCAGAUACCGGUGUCGGUGAUCCGCUCCGAGCACGAACUGAUGCUGGAAGCGUUGGAGGAUGAUAACUUCGGUAACGCGCAAGGGGACGGUAUGCGGGACUUUCUUGAGAUGUGCACUGGCACCGAGUUGCCACCGAUGGAAUUGGGAGACGAGUCCAGUCAGAAACUAUUGCUGAGCCAGCUUCCCUCCAUGCAGCACCCUACACUGCCUGCCGUGGAUAACUUUCAGGAACUGAACAUAGAUGCAGUUCUGUCGCAGCUAGACUUACCGGGACCCACCGGGCCUCCGAAUGCUCCAACACCACCGCAGCUCAUUCCACCAUUGCCUUUUGAAGCGUUCGGCGAAGAUGGCCUGGACAACGCACAGCAACUACCACCAGCAUUUGAAUCGGUACCAGUUGUGCAAUCGCCACUGCUAGAAGCCCCUAGUGAGCGUUCGCAGUAUGUUCCAGCAGAAGCCCCAGUGCUACCUGAGCCAGUAGAAGAAGCCGUCCCUCCAAGGCGUGGCGUUCGUCGGCAACCGCGCACAUUUACGAAUCGUUUACCGUUGCUGGAAGAUUUGUUUGGCCUACCGCGCAAUCGCAACACAUUCGAUAUUUUUAGUUGCUAUUAUGAUAGCAACGUCGAUUGGAUGAUUGAAAGGCUACAGAAUCAACUGUUCGAGCAGAGAGUUGCAUCGCCAUUGCAACCACAGCCACUGCUGACGACCGACUUGUCCGCCAUUCGACCCAAUGAUUCGAUGAGUAUCGAUGCGCAACGGCGGAUAACCGGCAGUGGCGUGGCAGGAAAUGUAUCCGAGUGGUCGAGGGAAAAUCCUCCUCCGCUUUCGUUCGCCGAUCGCACUGAUCCUCAUGGACAAUCGAGCAAUUUACAUGAUGCUGCCAGAGCUCGGAUGACAGACGCCCUGGAAACUCCUCCAGUUGGUGUUGCUUCAAUCGUAGCACCUGAGUCCUUGCCUCCGUUGCUAUCGUUGCCACCGUUGCACGAUGAUCCGCUGCCAGCACAACCACACGUUGUGGAGCAGGUGAAGCAAGUGUACCGGCACUUCUGA